CGACACUCCUCAUCCCCUCCGCUCUCUGUGGAAGCACAUUGUUCAACGCGGGCUCGUUUUUACCAACAACCAAUGAAUUCCUCGGUGCAUUGUAGCUACUGAAAAUUGAACACUUUUAUCGGAUAGAAUAGAUAUCUGAAGACGGCGGGAAGCGGACCCCAAGACCAUUUUGUGUCCUUUUUCUGAUUGCAGCGGAGAGGCAGCAGAGUUGAAAGAUUUUCUUCUUCUUCUUCUUCUUCUUCUUCUUCGGUAGACGAAACGUCGCUCUUGAAGCUAAUUAGACCUCUGCUUGUUCAGCGGUGUUUGUGUGGUGAGCAGCAGCGGCAGAGAUGACGGAGUAUAAGCUGGUGGUGGUGGGAGCUGGAGGCGUGGGCAAGAGUGCACUCACCAUCCAGCUCAUCCAGAACCACUUUGUGGAUGAAUAUGACCCCACCAUAGAGGACUCGUACAGGAAACAGGUUGUGAUUGACGGGGAGACCUGCCUGCUGGACAUCCUGGACACUGCAGGUCAGGAGGAGUACAGCGCCAUGAGGGAUCAGUACAUGAGGACAGGGGAGGGUUUCCUCUGUGUCUUCGCCAUCAACAACACCAAGUCUUUUGAGGACAUUCACCAGUACAGAGAACAGAUUAAACGUGUAAAGGACUCAGACGACGUUCCCAUGGUGCUUGUGGGAAACAAAUGUGACCUCCCGGCACGCACGGUGGACACAAGGCAAGCCCAGGAACUGGCCCGCUCUUACGGCAUCCCUUACAUCGAGACGUCUGCCAAAACACGACAGGGAGUAGAGGACGCCUUCUACACACUGGUUAGGGAGAUCAGACAGCAUAAGCUGAGGAAGCUGAACCCACCCGAUGAGAGCGGUCAGGACUGUAUGAGCUGUCGCUGUGUGGUGUCGUGAUGCAGCUGACUGUUGCAUGUUGAGGAGAAAUGCUACGGCGCGUAGUGGCAGCAUGGACAUAAAGAUAGAAAGUUAAAACAACUCAAUGAUGAAAUAUAAACUUUUUUCAAAAAAGAGGAUGAUUGAAGCAAAAGCUCUCAAGGAAACCACCAGAGCUGACUGAACCAUAGACCUUCACGGAAAGGAGGAUUUGGACUGUUGCCUAAGUGGCUAUCUGAACUAGUCCGGUCCGGUCCCUUUUUUUUUUUUUUUUUUUUUUUGGUCCACACGUCGACCUGUGAGCAACACCACUAAUGACUCUUUGUCAACUCCAGUGUGGUCUCGCUGGAUGGCUCAACAAGUUUCCUGCUAACUUAUUUGUUUUCAGUCUCAACACUGGUCUUAAAGGAGGUGUCUCUGACCUCCUCCCACCUUGAAAGCCUAAUUCCACUCCCCCCGCCUGCCCACUGGAAGGACUGACUGACUUAAAUGGAAAGGACUGGAACAUGACCUCCCCCACUGCGCUCUACCUGCCUUUGGUUUCCCUCGAAUGGCUGUGUAGAGUAGACCCUUCAUUAUACUGGAUACAGCGGGUGGAGGCUGACAUGGGAAUGACUAUAAUUUGUUGUUGUUUAACUGUUAGCCCACUUGUACAAAAUCUUUGAUUUCUUUUUUUUUUUUAUAUAUGAAACAUUUUGUUUGUGAUUGCAGAAUUUGAAAGUCACAGAGCAAUAUGUGAGUAAAGAGGCGUUCAUUACAGACGACACCUGGCUUGACAUUUUUUCAUGACCUGCCUGACGUAGUUGGAAUUUCUUUAUAUAAAGAUUGAUGAAUUCCCAGAAUGCAGCUGCCUUCUCUCCUUUCAAAUGUUUCCUUUGCCACAGUCAGAGUUGUCUUUGUGGAAUAAUAAUCGUAAUGGCUAAUGUACGUAGUUUCUGGUGCAAUAGGAUUAUUUACUGCUCAAUUCACACAAAGAUUUGGGAAAAAAACACCUCAUUGCUAAUUGUUUUACUUUGGUUUGGGAAGGAGUUUGUACCUGUAGGAAGGUUGCCAGUAGAAAUAAGAAUAAAACCCUGCACUUGUACAGACAUACAGUGACCGGUUAUGGUUUUAGACUAAAUGACAACCAGUUGAUUGUUCUUGCAUUUCAUUUAGCUAAAUGUAUGCUGUACAAUUUUUAUUUACUACAUGGUUAUAACAGCUAUUUUUAGGUUGCAAGAAUCACUCAUGUGGAAAAUAAGGCUCAGGAAUCAGGGUCCAGGAAAGUCUCACCAGUCAACAGUCCUGGAAACCAGAGUUAAGAAAGUCACCAGUUAGCUUUGCAGAGUGUAAUGCACAAAGUCCUGCCUCAGAGUCGAACUUCAGUUUUUUUCCUUACACCAUACUAUCCUCAAACUGCUCCUCUUUCUCUGCCACCUCAGUUCUGCAAUGGAACAAUAACAGGUCAGGUGCUACUCAUGUCAGAACCAUAUUUACUGUAUAUGUGGGACUAUUGUGUGUAAUAGGUGAUGGAUAUUGGGUUAUGGGAGUGCGUUGCUUUGUUUAUUAAUACUGACUAGUUUGUGCUCUCCAAAACUGCAUUCAUUUGCUGCCUAAAUGGAAAAAGACUGCUCUGUGUUUACUUGGCCUUAUCUUUUAGCUAGUUUGUACCUCAUGUAUGCAGCGAGCUCUACCUGGGACGAAUAUGUGUUCUGCUGGCUGCAUUGUUUUGUUUAUGUUUGAUUAUGUGUGCAACUAAAAAAAAAUAUAUAUAUAUAGAAGUGUGUUGAGUUUAGACAUGCGCUGUAUAGAAUUUAAAAGACAAGGCGAGUCCCUGAAAACACUACACUGAUUUUAAAGAAGGGGGUUUUCUUUAAUAGCAUUUGCGUCUGAAUGUGAUUCUGUUUAGCAAAACUGUUAAACAACACCGGUUAAGAGCCCAGUAUAUGACCGGUUGUCUUGCCGUCAUAUGAAGUUUCCUUCCCAAUACGUUGGAACAUGUGAUGAGGAUUACGAGAAAUUCUUACUUUAAAUCAAGGUUAUACUCGAACAAUUCAGAGAAUUGGUCAUGUGUGAUAAUCUAAAGAGUUCCAGACACUACAGGCAGGUUUUAGCAACAAAGAUCAGAUGCAAACCUCAGAGAAAUCCCAAAUUUCUUCCACGAAAGACGUCACUUGUCAUUUUGCCUUUGUCUCCUGUCGGGGGAAACAAAAUGUUUAUCUCUGACCUUAUUGAUUUUGUACAGGUAAAGUUCACUCAUAACAUGGCUUAAAGAAAUAUGAUCAGUCUGGUUAGUGUGGAUGGUUGUCAAGUUGUUUUGAUCAGUUAAGUGUUCAUUUCUCCGCUUGGAGGAAAGAUAUGAACUUUUAAUGUGUUUGAGUCUUUAGAUAUGUUUGAAAGAAGCCUCGUCUUUAAAAUUUACAAUAUUGUAAUAAUGCAGGAGUGGAUCCUUGGUCUCACUUUUGGCUGUGUUGUUCUUAACUUUUAUUUUUCACCCAUUGUGCUCAAAAAAAAAAAAAAAAAAGUGUGGCGUUUGUAACAUGUAAUUACAGUCCUGAUAGUAUGCUUGUCCUCUCCCUGUCAAUGUUUAUACAGUACAUCCAUGGUAAUACAUAGCAUUCCGCAAAUCUAUGUAUUCAAAUUCCCUUUUCAUUAGCUAUCUGCAUCAUGUUGCCACAGGCAUACUCCAGCCAGCAAACCAUAAGUAUACAUGUCAGAAAACCUAGACAGCAUGACAGAGACUGUACGGACCAUAGGGAGUUUUGCACAAGGAUACGGUGGGCUCAAGGGCUUGUUUCUCCCUUGCAAACUGUGGAUGGAGGUGUAGAAGGAAUUUAUGAAAAUGACAACUGUUUAGCUAUUUAAGAUGUAUUUACUCUUUGAAAAUGUGGCAAAUGUAUUGCAGGACAGGAAUAAAGAUGUCAAGAU